AUGACUAACGUUACACUGAUAUAUUCACGAGACAUCUAUGUCGAUAACACCUCGGGCAAAGACACCAACACUGGUGAAUCAAAAAUAUUUCCAUUUGAAUCACUUCAAAAGGCGCUUUCAACACUCAAAGACACUCCCCCAUACGAUCCAAUUACUAUAUAUGUCAAAUCGGGAUAUUACCCAUUUAUUAAUGAAACUCUCUCUAUCACACACAACAUUCCUGAUCCUUCUGUUUAUCACUCUUUAACAGUUACUAAAUAUCCAAAUGAAUCUCCACCAGUUAUCACAGGUGGUGUUAAGCUUCCCAUUUCAUCUUUUCGCGCAUUGGACGCAACUAAAGACGAAAAACAAUAUUCAAAAAUUCAAUCGAAUGUUCGAAGCAAAAUCCGAGUGUGUGAUUUUAAUAAUCAAUACAAUAAAAUCGAGUUGGGCAUUUUAGAAGCGACUAAUAGUGUUGAAAUAUUUGUAGAUGAACAGCGGUACCACUUGGCGAGGUAUCCAAAUUCAGAAUACACUGACAAGACACACUCAACUGAUCGUAUUUAUGUCCUUCCACCAACUGAUAAUACAACUUUGUUGAUACCUUAUAUUGCAGGAUAUUAUUUCCCACUAAAAGAGGUUAUGUGUGCAAAUUACCCUCUUUUUAAAAGCGAAAAACUUAUAUUAGGCAUCCACUACUAUCUCUAUAAAAACACAACAAAUUACUGGACUAUUUCAUCUCGUUAUGAUUGUGGAAUUCCAACACAAAAAGAUGGGGCUUAUUGGACUAUAAAACGCGACAAAAUAGCCGGCGCGUUGAACCCCAUAGAAUUCUCUGGAGCUCAUGGUAAGCCAAUUCUUCAAGACGAAAAUUACGUGUACAGAGGUAACAUGUGGACUGCUUAUGCCCCCGACCGAUAUGGAAGGACAUUUUAUUACAGUGAUAGUAUCAUAGAUAAGUAUGCUCAAUAUCAAGAAAUCUGGCUGAGAGGGUAUUGGCUCAUCUUUGCACACGACCAAAUUGUCCGAGGAAAAGUCGACAAUUCAACACGGAAAAUUACCGUUGACAGAGACUUUGGGAAGAACCCCGACUUUCAAGGAAUAUUGAGUGGAAGACCUUUUUAUAUAUUUAAUUUACUUGAAGAGUUGGAUGAAGAGGGGGAGUACUAUAUCGAUUAUGAAGACAGAAAACUUUUCAUAUAUCUUAAAGAGAACGCAGCGAAAAUAUGGAUCACUCAAAGCACAUCUAAUCUCAUUCACGUGUAUAACGUGACAAAUGUAACAAUUAAAAAUAUUAUAUUUGAAUAUGCAAGAAAAGACCUUGUCCAUUUUACACUUGUGAAUAAUUCUAAAAUUACUAAUUGCAC